UCUGAGGUGCACGCGCGCGCGGCGAGGAGAGCGGUCUGCGGGCGCUUGACAUGGCGGCAGCGGCGGCGACUGCAGCGACCAAGGGGAACGGGGGCGGCGGUGGCCGAGCGGGGGCCGGCGAAGGCGGCGGCGGCGGCACGCGGAAGAAGAAGGGCCCCGGGCCUGUGGCCACGGCGUACCUGGUCAUCUACAAUGUGGUGAUGACGGCGGGGUGGCUGGUGAUAGCGGUUGGGCUGGGGAGAGCAUACCUGGCUAAGGGGAGCUACCAUAGUCUUUAUUAUUCGAUAGAAAAGCCUCUGAAAUUCUUCCAAACGGGAGCCUUACUGGAGAUUUUACAUUGUGCUAUAGGAAUUGUGCCAUCUUCUGUUGUCCUGACUUCUUUCCAGGUGAUGUCAAGAGUUUUCCUAAUAUGGGCAGUAACACAUAGUGUCAAAGAGGUGCAGAGUGAAGACAGUGUCCUUCUGUUUGUUAUUGCCUGGACAAUCACAGAAAUUAUCCGUUACUCCUUUUACACAUUCAGUCUACUAAACCAUUUGCCUUACAUCAUCAAAUGGGCCAGGUACACCCUUUUCAUCGUGCUGUACCCGAUGGGAGUGACAGGGGAGCUGCUCACAAUAUACGCAGCUCUGCCCUUUGUCCGACAGGCCGGCCUGUACUCCAUCAGCCUACCUAACAAAUACAACUUCUCCUUCGACUACUAUGCAUUCCUGAUCCUGGUAAUGAUCUCCUACAUUCCACUUUUCCCACAGUUGUACUUCCACAUGAUCCACCAGAGAAGAAAGGUCCUUUCUCACGCCGAAGAGCACAAGAAGUUUGACUAGCUCUCCACACCGCCAACCCAAACCAGACUCUUCAACGAUCAGACAAUGCUGCAGACUUUUUGAGUUCCCAGUAAGGACUAUUUUUAAAGCAUUAAAAACAAAACGAAAUAAAAACCAAAAUCCAGUGUCACGUGGGCCUGGGAUUUUAUAAAAAAUAAAAAUAAAGAUAAAAAUGCAAAAGGCUGUUACCUAAAGCAUCCUAGCUGGUCCUUUCAGCAUGCUGUAAGCAGAAGUUGCCAGAGUCUGUGAUGGCACUAGAAGGGGUCAACACCCCGUCUCCUCCAUGUCCUUCAUGUAGCUGGCAAAUAAAGGCCUGGAGCCCUGAGUGCUCCAGAGUCGCAGUCUGAGCAAUGACGUGGCACCAGCUGACUGCCCAGCUUGCGGUAAAGUUAGCUUGCAGUCCGCAGUGUAGCAUCCCCUUCCCAAAGUGCUUGACGGCAUGCUGGAAACUUUGUGCUUUUGAAGCGGCAGUUCGUGCUCUGGAAUGCUCUGAAGUUCUGGCUAGGACCCAGCCCCUCAUAUCUAGUGAAUGAGUUACAAGACGUACAUGCCUGUGAAGCAUUGGGUAGCAAGUGUCAGCAGAAAACCACUAAAGCCUUCCAUUUGUUUUCGAUCGAGUCAGGACUGCCUGCCACUCAGAGCCAUGCUUGAAUUUACUAAGUGUGUGUGUACUGUAAAGAGCCUUGUGUGGAACUCGGCUCCAGUCAGAAUCUGACGAGCCACAGUGCCAGAGGAGAAAGCUCGGUACCCGCGAAGGGCUGACCACCUUCCGUCCUUCGUCCCUUGCGCAGAGCUGGGUGUGUUCUCACAGAUGGACCCAGAGCCCAUCUCAUCACACAGGAGGAGGAAAGCUGCAGUUAAAGGCACUUGGAAGGGGUGGCUUCACCACAAUCGCCCAGACAAGCAUUCAGAAAUAGGUUUCUAUACUUUUUUAGUUUAACCCUCUACUCUUCUAUGUAGGUUCCUCUCCUGACUGUGGUCCUGUGUUCAUUCGCACCAAGUUGUAAGUGCAGAGACAACAUACGUUUUAGGAGAAGCUAAGAGCAGUCUUGUCUCCUGUCUCCACAUGUCAGCGCAGCCUCCAGCUGGUUUCUGACCAGGGACGCCGUCUAAUGAAUAAUGUCUUCAUGGCACCUAAUUGCCCAACCGUGUAUUAAGUCCCCUGAGGAAGGGGGGACAGGCAAAACUCGAGUUACUGCCCAGCCCAUUGCUCCCUCACAAUGCACUCAACAAACUAUUCUUUCAGAAAUAGAAAGCAACCUUCAGAUGAAAAUGUCAGGCCCAAGUUUAGAUGUGCACUCAAUUUUAAACUUCCUUCUUAAUAGGAUCCAGGCCCUCGUUUUCUUCUCUUUUUCUUUUUUGUUUAUCUUUAAGGCUUUAAAAAUCAUGCCAUUGUCAUUUAGAAUAUAAUUGUUUCAAUCAGAAGAACAUAACAAAAGCUACAUUUGCAAAUGGGUAUUUUCAUAGGAGCUUGAAAAGCUAACGCAGGCAGGUGUGUAAUAAGUUAUUGUCAAACUAAGCAUUAGAAUUCUGCUUCUAGUCAGCAUUCUUGGUUUGGCUGCGUUGAAAUCAGAGUCUAUUCUGGUAUUUGAUAGACAAAUAUGUGGGAAAUGUUGCUUUUUCAGCCUUUUCUCCCCUGUUAUUCCUCCAAACUGAAUUUCUUCUGUAAAACAGAAUCAGCCUGGGUUUUCUCGGCCUUGGUAAUCUGCCUGACUUGGGACUGUUACAGUCGCGUUGGAAUGGCCCACUGAAGGUGGCGAAAGAAGCAGGUCCUGCUGCCCGAGGAACCCCUCAGGCCUUCCCCUCUAACUCAUUAUUACAUCUGCAUCAGACUGAGCUCCAGGGAUGAGAACACCAUCAGCAGUUUCCUUCACAAAAAGGGUCCCGAUCCAGGUGGCCUCCUGUCACCUCUCCCCGUAACUGGCUUUUAGGUUUUUGGUUGGUUUUUUGUUUUUGUUUUUUUGUUUUUUUCCUUUUUCAUCCUUACCAUGAAUUAAUUCCUCCAUUGAGGUAAUCAUGUUCUUUUAUAAAACUGAGAACAGCCAGCCUCCCCGGGUGUCGCACCUAACAAGGUGUGAGCGAGGAAGGUGCUUUUCAGUGGGUAUUUUGUCAGAGCUAGGGUCAGAGACGGCAUCCUCCCAGCACCCACUUGACUGCGGCUCAGAUCCUCCUGAGGGCCCCUCUGCGGAAGGGAAGGAGUCUUGGAGGUGCGCGCAGCGUCUGGGGACUCGUGCUGUUAAUCCGAGUUGUGCUGAGGUGCCCGCCACUCACACGUGUGUCUCCAAUAUAAUCAAAGGCCCCAUGGAGUUAGUCCCGGAACAAAGCAGUGGCCUCCCGACGGGGAAGUCCCUCUAAAGCAAACGAACAGGAGGCCGAUGAGGCGAGCGUGCCCUUCUUCUUAAUUGUGUUGUCUUUUCAUUUCUGACAAAAGGCUGGCAUUGCUGAGGUCCCACCUGAAAAUCAUGCGCAGUUCUGAGUUUCAGAUAAACCAUUAGAAGACAUCAAGGUCAAUCCUCACUGCUCCUUUGAAAUUUGGGUAAAAAAAAAAAAAUUAUACGACCAUAUAUAUAGUCAUUUUGUAUUUUUUCUAUGUUGUGAAAACCAGAAUUGUAAUUUUAUAAGUCUUUGAUUCACUACAAUUAUAUAAUUUAAAUGUAUUUUUUGUACACCUGGAAAUAAGGAGCUCAAAAACUGUGCUUCACUUUCUAUGCAUGCACUUGAAAGCUGUUUUUAUCUGACGUCGAUGUAGUAGUAAGUCAUACUCCUCAGACACUGAUAGGUGUUGCAUUCCAAAAUAAACUGGUUUGUGCUCUG